CCUGUUCAAAACAAGGAAAUAGUCAAUUUAGCUACAUGUACAUUUUCAACCAACGUUAUGAGUUAUUAGAAUUGUGUUAUGAUAAAGUAACAUAAUUAGGCGUUAAAUAUCGUCCAUCUCGAAACUUUUAUUCUAAAAGUACAUCGUCGGCUGCGGCAGGUGUCCCAUAACGGUAGACGUUUGUAGUAGCCAGAUAUCCUUUCUCAUCUGAUGUAGCUUGCUAGCUAACAAGUUUGUAACGUAUUGCGUAACUGCAAAAACUAUUUACCGACAUGCUUUGUUCUGUUGCAAUACUUUGAAUGAUGGCUUGGAUUAUCUCUACAAAACGUUUACGACCUAGUGUUUAUAAAAUUUAUAUAAUCGUCUUAAUACGUUAGUUUAAGUAAUGUUACAAUAGAUAGGUACCCGGACCUAAGAUUCAAAUUCAAAUGAUUGAGUUUAUUUGCAGGCUAGCUGGUUAAUAAAAUGGCUAACUUGAGAAGGUGACAGCGAGAGAUGGAGGAUGUUAUUUCGCUCAGCUCGGGGAGUGAAGUGGACUCGGAUGUUGAAGUUGUAGGUGUUUACAGUGACACCGAGAACAAGGCCGAGGCAAGACCAUUUAUCAGGAGAGGAUGGGUCAACCUUGCUGCAUACACACCGUUUGUGAUUAGAUCUACUGGUCAGAAAUGGACUAUACCACAACCAAGGAAGCGCAGAAGGAAAGAUCCAGAUGAGCCUGUGGAAGUGGUGGACUUAAGUGACAACUUGUCAGAUCACUCAGGUCCAGUGCUGGGCAGUGAAGAAUGUCAAGGGAAUAAGAGACGUGAGGGAAUCUCAAAACACAAAGGAGCACACAUCAGAAGUCCAGGGUCUCUGUCCCACUCCCCACCUGAAAAAGGGCUGACUGAGAAAAAAGCUGUUUUGAAAGCAGAAGAAAGUGACAUUCUUGAAUCCAAUAUUGGUUGUAUCAGUGACUCUUCUUUGAUUGAACAACCAGAUGACAAAAGCACUGUGAAAAGUUCAGACAUAGACAUUCCAAAAUGUCCUGUAAAAUCACCAAGUAUUCCAAAAUUUGACAUGCCUGCACAGAAAGCAGAAGUCUUAGAGUCUUCCCCUGAACAGAUCACUCAGGAGUCACAACUAUAUUCAGGUAUAACUUCAAAACCACUGUGUGAAGGAAAAGAGGAUCCACAAUGCCUAAUGCCGGAGACCAAGAACUCUGUACAUUUUUCAAAAGAAGUGCAGACGAGCCGUACUCGAAAAGAAGAAAGGGAUGCUUUAAAAGUACAAGAAAUAGGAGUUUUGUGUACAAUAGACAAAACUGUUAGGACAGAGAAAAAGGAAGAACCAGGGUCCACACAAUUACUACGAGACACAGGUCUCUCUCUCUCCUCCCAAAGCCUCGUAGACAGACCACAUCAUUUACCUGGUGAUUUAGUCCCUGACCCUGUCAGGUUCUCAGAUGGCUUCGGUGCAUUUAGAGCUCAGCACGACGACACCUGUUAUUCCCGUACACAAAUUCCCUUUGAGACGUCCCUCUGUCCGUCUCCGUCUGAUGAUGACACACUGCGUGUCAACCUGAGUGACCCAGUUUACAAUCCCACCUCUGCAACUGGCAAACAGAGUUUCAAGCAGGACAAAGUUCAUCCAAAUGCCCCCUCUACCAGUUACAACAAUUUCAUGCCAAGCUGUCCUUCCAUAGAACCGGACAAGCAUGCUCCCCAAGAGAGUUCCCACAAUUACCCCAAACCUCCCCCCUUAACCACCAGCACCACAUCCCUUGGUCCCAGCGCGGAAGAAACUUAUUGUAUAAACGUAAGCCGGCCCAACAAGACCCCUAGUCCUACUUCAACAGUUCUCCUAGCUGGUGAGUCCCCAGCUUUGACCAUGGAUAACACUGAGUUGGAAUUGGCAAUGGAUAGCCCCCCGAUGCCAUACAUGUCUAGUAUCCCCAGUGAUCCUCCGUUGUCUCUGCGGUCUGACGAGGUGGAUGAGGAGGCGAGAUCUACUGAAGCUCCUCAAGCUGACUUGGGGGCUGAGAGUCUGAUGACAACUGCAUGGAAGAAUGGCAGUGAUGGAGAGGAUAUGGGUGGAGAGAGAGGAGGUGGUGAGGAUGACGCAGUGGUCAGCAGAGAGGACAAGUGUUAUGUGUGUCCAGUCCAGCUCAAGAAGCUAAGGCCCCUGCUGUCUGGACCAGUUAAGAACCUGGAGAAUAAGGAAGAGGAGGACGAUGGCUUAGGUGAUCCGGAACCUCUGUGCAGACAGAGCCUGAGUCUGGUGUACAGUACCAUGGAAGAGAACUACCCAGAGGGAACCGUGCAGCUGCUCUCUGACCUGCUGCAGCCCCGCUUCUUCCCCCCUGUCGACAUCACCAGACACCUCCUAAGAGGCAUCCUGCUGGACCCCCAGUGUCACGACGUUCUCUGUCUGGAGGCCUACAGUCUCCUCAUGAGGACCCAGAUGCACAGUCACACCAACAUCGCCACUGUCCCAUGGGAUUGGGAGCUGUUGACCACAGUAAUGACUGCUGAACAGAGCCAAGGAGGAAGGUUCCGCUGUGAUGUUGUACGUAUGCUGCUGCAGUAUGUUGUUCAGACUUUGGAAGAUGACUUCCGGGUCAAACUCUCCUUCCGUGACCUCCACCAUUCCAUCGCCAGUAAAACCAUAUCAUGUAACUUGCAUUUCAGCCAGGUCAGAGAUGUUAUUAAUUGGCUCUUUGCUGCAAUUGUCAAAUCAGUUGGGGACAACAACAACAUGUCUGCAGACAUCAUCAAGGUGAAAACCCAGAAGGAACAUCUAAAAAUGGUUUUUCUCCUGCAGAAGAUGCUGUCCCUGGCCUUGGAGGUGGACCUCUUACCAGCUCUCAACUCCAGCAAACUAUCUGGGGAGCUCUUCCACAUGAUAAUCAGCACUCUCCCUCUAAGACACCACAGACUGCUGUUACUGGAGACCUUAGAAAGCAGACUGUUGAGGUGUAAACUAACAGAGCACCUGCUGCGACACGCAAGUCCACAGAAAACCCCAAUGCUCAUGUCUCUGAACCUGCUGUUACACUUCCUACACAACGCCUCACCCACACCAGACUCGACGGAUGGAGCCGAGAGCUGGAAGAAGUGGGAGGAGUUGGUUCAGCUUCUAUGGAUGCUGCUGCUGAGCAAUGAGGAAGUCAUGAAAUGUCACCUGAGAAUUGCAGUAACUGAGCGAAGGGGCUACGAUCGCAUUCCGGUCCAGAUUAAAAGUGAAUUUGUGUUGAGGUUGGAUGUCCAAGAGGCUGUGGAAUCCUUCCUGUCCAGAUCCCAGGCUGACCUGCAUCAAGCCCUGCCUCCACAUGUACACGAGUCCCUCACUUACCUUCAGGAUCAUCUGCUAGCCUCUUCUCAUUGAGAAUAAGUUAACCAGUUGAGUUCAGUGGUUGUGGAUUUAUUUGUAUUUAUUCAUGAUUAAUUCAUUUUCAUAAUAAUAAUAAUUUACCAAUUCAUUGUUUUAAAUAAAUAUUUAUUCUUUUUUAAGUUGUUUUAAUAUAAAUUAGUAUUGAUGUGACCUGCAGUGCCUUUUGAAAAUGUAUAAAACCACAUCUUAAAUUAUAAUUUAUACACAAUACCCAACAAUGACAAAGUGUAAUAUGUUUUUAGAUAAGUGACAGUUAAUUAAAAAGAAAUCAAAGAAAUAUCUCAUACACAA